AUGGAGCAGCAUCAUCAGCUUGCUUUGGCUUAUGGUUCUUCGUUUGAUGAUGCGGAAAAAUAUCGUAGAUUGAUGGGCAGGUUAUUGAUUUAUCUUGCUGUUACUAGACCUGAUUUGGCAUAUUCUGUUCAUAAUUUGUCACAGUUUAUGCAGGCUCCUAAAGUUGUUCAUUGGGAGGCCGCUCAAAGAGUGGUUAGAUAUUUGAAUAAAAAUCCAGGACAAGGUGUAUUAUUUCGUUCUGAUAGUGAUCUCCGCCUGGAAGGGUGGUGUGAUUCUGAUUGGGCUAGUUGUCCUAUUACUAGAAGAUCUCUGAGUGGGUGGUUUGUAUUGUUGGGAGAUUCCUUGUUUUCUGGAAGACUAAGAAGCAACCUACAUUUUCUCAUUCGUCUGCAGAGGCAGAAUCUCAAUCUAUGUCUGCCAUUGUUUGUGAAAUAA